CUCUAGGGAAAUUUACCGGAGACUCCUUCGACUAUUUGUGAGCUGUGAUUUUGUGUCAUUCAAAGUGUUUUGCCGCAUAGUGUCUUUCCGGAGGACGCGCGCACACGAUUCACUGAGUGUUGUUCGAGGACAAGAAGAAGUGUAUCUUCACGAGAGUAUAUUUUGUGCUUGAGGAGUAAAAUCUUGUGCAUAGAGACAGAAAAGUUAAUUAGCGAAAUGUGGAAAUUUAUUCUCAUCACUGUGUUCUUCGCACUGAGCGUUGUGGCGGAUGACACUGUCAAGGCGAAUUCCACGGAGCGCCAAUCUAGAGCCAUUUCGACAAAUUGCCCAAGAUUGUGUCCCCCGCUGGGAGCGUCUCUGGAGCCCGUUUGCGGCUCCGAUGGCUACAUCUACUCCAAUCUCUGUGAGAUGAAGAAGAAAACGUGCUCCAAGACAGGUCCCAACACCGUCACUGAGGACGAGAACGGAUGCGAGCGAGCCACAGGCUCCAAGUGUGGCAACCGAUGUCCAUCUGAGAAGGAUCCCGUGUGCGGAACCGACGGAAGGACAUACCUGAAUAGGUGCAUGCUUCGCGUCCAGGCGUGCCGCGUGGGGACGGCCGCCGUGUCAAUGGCCCACGUGGGGCCCUGCGCCAACAUCAGCGCAAUCAGAGAAUCGUGUCCCGUGGACUGUAACAGUGCUCCUCAAGAUGGACCAGUCUGUGCCUCCAAUGGAAACGUGUACAACUCAACGUGCCAGAUGAAGCUGCAAACAUGUGGACAAGGAGUGGUGCGUACCAACCGAAAGCACUGUCAGAGCACACGCAACUGUCGUGAGUCGUGCUGGCGAGUGGCCAGACCCACUUGCGGCUCCGAUGGCCGGAUCUAUCCCAGCGCUUGCAAGAUGCGCUCCGCCAACUGCGGCCGCCACGUCUUUGAGGUGCCCAUGUCCUUCUGCAUGUCUCAAGAGCGAGCCGGAUCUGGGAAUCACAUCGAGGACUGCCCCACCGAGUGCCCGACAGCCACGUCAGAGGAGGAGAUGGUUUGCGGUAGUGACGGCAACAUCUACUCAUCCGGAUGUGAGCUGAACAUGCUCAACUGCGGCACCCAGCGGAAGCCCGUCCAGAUUGUCUCUAUGACACGGUGCCAGACGCGUAUGAAUCGCUGCAAACACAUUCCCCAGUGCGAUGACUUCCAGGACAAAUUCGGCGGGCUCUUCUCAUCUGCCCAGAAUGAUCUCAUCUGCGGAACGGACGCCAAAACCUACUCCAAUGAGUGUGAACUGGCUCACGCCACUUGCUUGCGCGGAGUUCAGCUCGCUCACAUUGGUCCCUGCACCAAACUGAAGCCCGCCCGAUACGAUUGCAGUGCCGAAUGUUCGCCUGACGAGGAAGCUGACAAUCCCGUGUGCGGAUCAGAUGGCAAUGCUUACCGCAACAUGUGUGAAAUGGUGCAAAGGACCUGCGGAAUGCGAGUGGUCUCCGUGUCACAGAAGCACUGCGCCACCACAGCUCACUGUGACGCCAAUUGCGAAGAGAUGGAGGGAAGCUUUGUCUGUGGCUCCGACAAUCAUCUGUACAAGUCAGAGUGUCACAUGCGGAAGGAGAAUUGCGGAAAGCACAUCUUCGUGGUGCCCAUGAAGCGAUGCCUGGCCGCAUUCACAUUCAAGGGAUGCUCACGCAUGUGUCCUCAGGAAUACGAGCCCGUAUGCGGCACUGACGACAAGACAUACUCCAACGAGUGCUUCCUCAGCAUCGAAAACUGCCGCUCCCGCAAUGUCCAGAUGAAGCACUAUGGCGCGUGCGGCAGACCCGAGCAGCCGUCCCACAAUUAUCUCUACUAG